AUGGCAGCAGUCAAGGCUUUCCUUCUUCCCCUGGCUCUCUUAUUGUUGUUUGUUUCUGCGCAAGGAGCACAUGAUGGCAUUCCAUGUCCGUUUCAGGGAUGCGACUUUUACUUCAACGGAAGUCUCAGUACUAUUCCCAGCUUCAACAUCGGAGCAGUUUCAGGGAACAUGAUUUUGUCGCAUGCUAAAAUAUUUCACAGAAACGGCGAGAGGAUCGUCACAGCAUCUUCGGACCACUGCGAGUUUUUUAACGACACGGAAUCGUGCGGGACGACGUUUUUCUUCAUGAGCGAGAUUGACGACUGGAAUAAAGCGGAUGUUGUAGGAGCUCAUCCUAUUCCGUCAGAGAUUAUACAUGAUUUCACAGGGAAAUGCGUGAUACUUCGUGUUAGCAACUUUUACGUGAGCAAGAGUGGUUGGAUAAACAAUGGCGACAACCGAAAAGGGUUUCCACAGAGCCGAAGAUGCCUCAUUCUCAAGACGGGCAACGCCACAAUAUCCACAGAAGACUUCCAAUGA